CAGCAGGGGGCGACAAAGCGCGUGCUCGUGUACAUUUGGUCUUCCUCGUUUGCUGUACCAAAACAUACUUCCAGCAUGGCGUUGGUGCGUCUAGGCAGCAUUUGAAGCAGAUUUGAAGUGUGUAAACUGGGAGGUAUUGGUGAAUUUCUGUCUAUUUAUGCAUCUUUCUGGUACCGGGGGUCUCUCGGGCCUGUGCCGAAUAACAGACCAUCUUUAUUUAAGUAAUAGCAAAGCGGCCAACGACUCCUCCCAGCUAACAGGAAGUGGAAUCACCUGUAUCAUCAAUGCUACCGAGACCAAACGCAGCCGUCCUCUUCCUCCAGGUGUGGAGUACGUCCACAUCCCGGUGUCGGACAGCCCGCUGUCUCCUCUCAGAGACCACUUCAGUGAGGUGGCGGAUAAGAUCCAGGUAACUACGGAGAGCGGCGGCCGUGUGUUGGUGCACUGUAACGCCGGCGUGAGCCGCUCGGUGGCCCUGUGCAUAGCCUACCUGAUGAAGCACCGCGGGGUGACCCUCCUGGAGGCCCACGGGUGGGUGAGGAGCUGUCGGCCCAUAGCCAGGCCCAAUAGCGGCUUCUGGAAGCAGCUGGUCCAGUAUGAGACGGAGCUCCGUGGGAGUAGCUCCGUCCGGAUGGUGUCUUCCUCCAUGGGAGAGAUCCCUGAUGUUUAUGAAGGAGAGGACAGGAACAUGGUGCUUCUGUGAAGGGACUGAAUGAUGACCUCCACCAGUGUUCUGGGAAGAAACCACUUUGGACCACAUUUAACAGUUAAAGCUGUAGAGUAUAUUUUAUUUUUUUUAAUUGCUCAAAUUAAAACUCUUGAUGGUG